AUGUUGUCCCUCAAGAACUCGCUAUCGGCGGGUCUCGUCGUUGUUGGAAUGUUGCCUACUGCCCUGGCACAGAUAUACAACCGGGAUAAAUUCAGCAUGAUAGUUGGGAACACCUCAGUAAGCCAGUCCCAACAAAAAUCCCACUAGUGACUAACGAUACUCAAGGUGGACGUUGGAGAUGCCGAAAUACCCACUAUGGUACUAAAAUAUGUCGCACCAAAGUGCAACGUAAAUGGCUGUGAUGAAGGGUCACCUGCCAAAUUUGCAAACUAUGGUCACAUCAGCGAAGGAUCUGUCACCAUCACCACUUCGGGCUUUUCGUUUUUCAAUGCGACUAGCGAGGAGGGAGCUACGCAAAUCUCGACGCUUACCGACAUGAUUCAAGGUUCACUAAAUGACGGCAAAAAGUGUGACAGUAGGGAUAUUAAGAAGUGCUAUGGAAGGAGAUGCCGCACAGAGCCGUUGUGAGUAUUUUAAACACCACACCUGGAUCCUUCUUGCUGACCAGUUGUGCAGUGAGUAUUGCAGAGUCCCCAACUAUAUUCAAGUGACUAUGUAUAGCACACUGGAUUUUGAUAACAGCGGCAAAAAGAAGAGGCAGUUUAUUGAUUACAUAGAUUCAAAAGUCAAGGCCCAAAUCGAAAUCCAUAUCAAAACAGACGAAGAGUUCGACGAUGACGAAAGCUGGUAUAAGGAAGGCAAGCGCGAAGGUUCCGACGAUUGGAAAUGCGAAGACCACAUCCAGGACAUCAGUGACGGGGCUCAUCGCGACUUUGACAGCAAAUACGAAAAGAAAGAAAACUGGGGUCUCGGCCAAGUCCUAUGCCUGGCCACUGCUCUGGACAACUUCUAA